CAAAUUGUUAUCUAUGCCGUAGAGAGAGACAGAGAUGGGGUGGUUCAUAAGAGAGAGAAGAGGAAUAAGCUGGAGAGACCAGACCCUGGCCUCAUUAUCUCCACCUUUCAUCCAACUUCUAUCCUUCUGUGGUUUAGUGUUUCUUCUAUUGUCGUUCUCAAGUUACUGUAACUACAAGGCACAAAUGAAGCGAACCAUGAUUGGUCUCAGGUUAUUUCUCUUCCUGCUGCCCGUAGUGUUGAUUUUAAUCAUGCACAUGGCGAUGGCUAACAGUAACAGGUGGUUUCCGAUUCGAGUCCCGAGACCAGCCUACGAGUGUAUAAGUCGCGAAGGUGGGUCGCCUUGGGGUGUGGCGGCGGUGGUGGUGGUGCUUCUGGUUAUGAUCUAUUUUCAGUCUUCUGUUCAAGCUGGGUGGUUUCGACCUAUUUAG